AUGUCCACUCAACCACUUCUUCAACGAGCUCCAGGAAAGAAGAUAGCCCUACCUGUUCGAGUCGAACCAAAAGUCUUCUUUGCCAAUGAACGUACGUUUCUCUCUUGGUUGAACUUCACCGUGGUACUCGGUGGACUCGCGGUCGGGCUUCUUAACUUUGGUGACCGAGUUGGACAGAUUUCUGCUGGUAUCUUUACUCUUGUUGGUCAUUUUGGAAUGACUAAAAUUUCUGCUUGUUUUUCAGCACUAAUUACAUUUCACUGGAGGGCUCAAGCCAUCAGAAAGCGAGGUUCAGGGAACUAUGAUGACCGAUACGGUCCAACAGUCCUUUGCAUUUCGCUACUUGUGGCAGUCGUGACCAAUUUUAUCUUACGGUUCACUCAAGGUUGA